AUGACCAUGGACAGUAAUGGCGUCAACCAAAUAAUUACAGCCUUAGGCGUUAUACAUGACCCAAAAUCAAGCAAUUCACAAAGAGGAGAUGCACAAAGGUUCUUGGAAUCUAUAAAGUCUGAUGAAGAGUCUCCUUUUUGGGGUUAUCAGUUAGCUCUCGCCGAAAAUAAUGGUAAGAAUUAUAUAGUGCGGCAUUUUGGACUUUCAUUAUUACAGCACUCCAUUAACAAACGUUGGCAGCUGUUUGAUACGACAAAGUCUCUAGCAAUUAGAAACUGGGUUAUUGAGUUAUCUAAUAAGAUGGACUCUGAUGAUCCUCACUACUUAAAAGAAAAAUUGGCUUAUUUAUGGACAUCAAUUGCCAAAAGAAUCUGGGGAAGCUACUUGGUCAAGGCAAAGGAGUCAUCGAUUAGUGAUGAUGAUAUUCUUGAUGGCUGGGCUUCAAUGGAUGCAGACUUAUGGAAGUUGUGGAAUAGUAAUUUAAUUUCUCGAGAAUUGUCUUUAAUUAUAGUCCGCACACUUUUCGAAGAUAUAUAUCUUCUAGAUGAUGUUAUUGCUUCCAAAAGAACUGCGAUUUUGAAUCAGCUCAGUGUUCUAAUUAUUACUUCCGAUGAGGUUUUAAAUUCACUUUAUGAGCCGAAUCCUAACUUAUCAGUCUGCAAGAACUCUGUCGAUGGUUGGUUCGUUACUUGGGUAAAAUUUCUAAUUGAAGUUUUAUCGACCAAUGAAUUUUCAAGUCCAACAUGUCAGACAUUCGUGCCAAAGAUUUUAUCAACAUUUAAAACUUGUUUGCAUUGGGUUCAACCGUCAUUAUUAAGGGAAGAAAAUAUAAUGCAGACCUUGAUAACAAUCUUGACAAUACCCGACGUCAAGUUAAAAACAUUAGCUGUAGAUUGCUUGCACAUUCUUUUUACGAGAAGCUACAGCGACGAAGAGGAUUUCAACUUCUUCAUUGGUAGUAUUUUUACGACGCAAGGCAUUGAGAAUUUAUCUCAAUUCUACCAGUCCUUAGAAAUUGAUCCUGAUGACAUAGAUGAGCUGGUUUAUUCUCUCUUGAAAAAAACAGUAGAGAUGAUAGUGUCAUUGAGUGAAUACUUAAACAUUGGGUCAAAAAAUAGGAUAUCAUGGGAUAAUGCGGAUGUUGACAGUUAUUUGAAGUUAGUUUUAAAAACAACUAACCAUCCUAGUUUAAUCAUAAGUGGAUUGUCAUUACAAAUGUGGGUAACAAUUUUAAGGUUUGAUGAAUUGAGCUCAAAGGACCCAAUAAAGGGCAUAUUGUUAGAGUUAUUGGAAAUUGCGGCCAACAGGACAAUAAAUUAUACUUUAGAUGAAAAUGUAUCGAAGAAAUUUUUGGACGUGGAUUUCGACUCUACUCCUGAUGCAAACUCAUUUUUGGCAAACUAUAAAAAAUUUAAUGAGGAUAUUGUAAGAAUCACGAUUUGCAAGAAGCCCGAAGAAGGCUUAAUGUGGCUCGAAAGAAGACUUCAAACCUUUUUCAGCUCUGAUCUAGGUGCAGAAUGUAUCAAUAAUUAUAAAUUAGAGGAAAAUUCGGAGGCUUUCAAUUAUGGUACGGCGCAAUUUAAUAUUUUAGAAAAUUGUAUGAGAGGUAUUUCGAGGUGGAGAAUUUGGUACUCUGAGGAUGAUUUUGAUGCGAUAAAUGGCAGGUUGAAUAAAUUGGUUGAAAGUCUCGGUGAAAGAUUACUCGCUAUGAACCUAGCAUCUCCUCUAUUGAUAAGGAAACAAGUGCAAACUUUAGUUCAAUUUGCACCGCUAUUAAAAGACGUGAGUCCUUUAAUGUUUCAAGUUCUAGAAAAAAUUUUGACAACAGCAACGAUUGAGUAUCCACAGGAUGAUGAUGAAAAAGAACUAAUUCGAGAUUUGAGAACAUGCUGCGGCACUGAAUUGAAUAGAAUUGCCUAUAUAAUGCCAGAGUCCUUAAAAAAGAUAUUUGGCGAUUUAGAGAACGUAGUGGCUAAUAUCUUAUCAUCAAAAAAGGUGACAGAUCAUGAAAAUGUUGCUUUUAAAUCAUUUUUACUCGUAAUAGCCUCUAGGUCUUCCUUGAGUGGAAAAGAUGAAUUAUUCGCUAAGAUAGUUGAUCCAGAGAUGGCGGCAUGGUCUGCCCCAGAAACAGAAAAGGGAUUGAUGGAUUUGCAUUGGUUUAUGGAAAGAAUGGGAAUUGUUGAGAUCGCAGGUUAUUUUCAAAGGAGAGGAAUAACGGCUAACACUAACCUUCUUGAGGCCAAAAUGGAUGAUGAAGGAAGAGGGUUGAAGAACAGGUUGAAAGAUCGCUGGUCUUCUAUAUUUCCGAUCAGAGCAACUAGAAUUUUCAUUCAAUAUAGUAUUGAAAAAUUGAGCCAUGAUUCUCCUGAGUACUUAAAAUUGUUAAAAUUAUGGAAACCAAGAGUUCAACCAAUUAUACCGCAUAUAUUACAAUUGCUUACACAGAUCCAGGCUUAUCACAAUCCUGGAAAUUGGAAAGAGUUGCCUGAUGAGGUUCAGUCGUUUGUUCGUUAUAGUUGUAUGGAAAGAUUUUGGCAACAGGGUGUAUCAAUUCAAUCGAAGGAGACAUUCAUAGAAGAAAAUGUGAAGGCGGGACUCACCUUAAGGGAUUUUGCGGAUUCUGUUGGUCAUUUAAUACGAUACACCAGGGAAUAUGCAUUUUUGACUAUAGGCUCCUUAUCGCAGUUGGAAGAUACCUUGUAUGAAGUUCCAAAUAUUGCUAGUAUGAUUUGGAAAUCUGUCGCAGGUGAUACUACAGGGGUGACUUUGCAUAGUUGGAAACAUAUGAUCAAUAGUUGCUUGAGAAGUGUCGUUAGAAAUUGCCCAGUGAAAUACGUGGAUAUAUUUAUGUCCGAUCUUUUGCCAAAGGCAUUUACAGAUAUAGACAAAUUACUAGUCGAGAGAUGGGAAAAAGUAUAUUACAAUGGGCUUCAGUUACAAGGCAAUGAGGAUGAUGAAACGUUGUCGGAGGAGAUGAUGGAGGAGCAUAUGCUAAGACAAUUAAUUGCUACGGUGGUGAGAUUUUUAAUGGACUUAGUCAGUCAGUUUAAUGCAAAAAAUGUUACAGAUACUCAAAUUGCUUGCAAAAGGUUAAUUAUUGAAAAUAAGGAUGUGAUGGCACCGUUUUUGCAAAUUUGUUGCCACAUUAUUAUGUUCAAGGACACAAAAUGUUCCUUUAAUACCAUCUUGGUUGUCAGAAACGUUCUCGGUGACAUUUUGUUGAGGGAUGAUGAAGUUGACAAAUACCUAUGCGAGAAUCUUGUGAAAGCCUUACUCCAUGUCUUGGUCGACGAUUAUUUUGUUGAAACUCAUUCAGAAGCUGCAAUAGCACUUACAACAUUAUAUUGUGCUUUAAGGUCGAAGAAUGAUUACCCAGCUAGAAUGAUGAUCCAGUAUUUGCCAAACGUAACAACUCAGCAUGUUAGUAACUUUGAGACUUUGCUAAUUAGUUCCAAAUCAUUAAAGCAUCAAAGAUCGGCAUUAUUAGAAUUAAUUAGAAUUUCAAAGGAUACAGAAGGGGAUGAAGAAGACGACUUGAGCAAACGAAAGAAAGAAUUGGAUGUUGUUGAGGCUAGGAAGAAGAAAAACCUGGCGAUCGACGUGAUGAAUGAUCCUUUUACGGAAAAUGGAGCCUUAAAUAAUCUUUUUGGUGAGGAAUAA